UUUUUUUUAAUUAAUAAUUAUAUUUAUGUACAAAUUUCAUUUGAUAUAAUAUCAAUUAAUUUUUACCUAAAGAGAACUUAAAAAUAAGUGCAAUUUUGCCAUUUCGUUAAUAUAUAAUUAAUUAACUUAAUUAGUGCACGUUUCGUAGGUGGUCAGAGAAAUUUCUAAAGGAAAGAGCAGCCGAAAUGACGAAAUUUCUUCACAUUGCUCCCCAUAUAUAUGAGAAGUAUUUGCAGCCCAAACGCUAAAGAGAAGAACUUUGUAUUAGAAGAGCCGGAGGCAAUUAAUGAACAUCUCAAACGCCUACUCAGAGGUGACUCCAGCAGUCCCUUCAUGGCUAAACAAAGGGGACAACGCAUGGCAAAUGACAGCAUCGACUCUCGUAGCCAUCCAGAGCAUGCCAGGGCUUGUCAUCCUCUACGCGAGCAUCGUCAAGAAAAAAUGGGCUGUCAACUCUGCCUUCAUGGCCCUUUACGCCUUCGCUGCCGUCCUAAUUUGCUGGGUGCUGUUGUGCUACCGGAUGGCCUUUGGGGAUGAGCUCCUUCCUUUCUGGGGUAAGGGUGCUCCUGCUCUAGGCCAAAAGUAUCUCGUUGCCCGAGCUAAAGUCCCUGAAAGUACCCAUGUAAGUGAUGGAAAAUCUAAGACUGUUGAGCCUUACUACGCCAUGGCCACGCUCGUCUACUUUCAAUUCACUUUUGCUGCUAUUACGCUUAUUCUACUUGCGGGUUCUGUUCUUGGCCGCAUGAACAUUAAAGCUUGGAUGGCUUUUGUGCCUUUAUGGCUUAUAUUCUCUUAUACUGUUGGUGCUUUUAGUCUCUGGGGUGGCGGCUUUCUAUAUCAAUGGGGUGCAAUCGAUUACUCCGGUGGCUUUGUUAUUCACCUCUCCUCAGGAAUUUCAGGGCUAACCGCAGCUUAUUGGGUUGGGCCAAGGCUAAAAAGCGAUAGGGAGAGAUUUCCCCCAAAUAACGUGUUGCUGAUGCUUGCGGGUGCUGGGUUGCUAUGGAUGGGGUGGUCGGGCUUCAAUGGUGGCGCACCAUAUGCAGCCAAUAUCGAUGCUUCGAUUGCGGUACUAAACACCAACAUAAGUGCAGCUACAAGCUUGCUAGUGUGGACGACUCUAGAUGUUAUUUUCUUUGGUAAACCAUCGGUGAUAGGAGCUGUUCAGGGCAUGAUGACUGGUCUAGCUUGCAUUACCCCAGGAGCAGGGCUGGUUCAAUCGUGGGCGGCUAUCAUAUUCGGAUUUCUUUCUGGAAGCAUUCCGUGGGUGUCUAUGAUGGUGCUUCACAAGAAGUCUACGCUGCUACAGCAGGUGGAUGACACUUUAGGAGUGUUUCACACCCACGCGGUGGCCGGCCUAUUGGGUGGCCUCCUCACCGGCCUCCUAGCAGAGCCAGAUCUUUGCGAACUAGUUCUGCCAAAGAAAACAAGAGGUGCAUUUUACGGUGGAAAUGGUGGGGUGCAAUUCUUGAAGCAAAUGGCUGCAGCCUCCUUUGUUAUAGCAUGGAACAUAGCGUCCACAACAAUAAUUCUUCUAGCUAUAAGGUUGUUCAUACCGUUGAGAAUGCCCGAAGAACAACUUGUGAUCGGAGACGAUGCUGUUCAUGGAGAGGAAGCUUAUGCCCUUUGGGGUGACGGCGAAAAAUAUGACCCAACUAACCAUCAUGGACAGGAUAUUGCCCCUUCACCAUAUGGUAUUGGUGCUCGAGGCGUUACCAUUAACUUGUGAGAUACGGCUUUGUGUUUGUUUUAUACAAAAUAUUAAUGUCUAUAAAUUUUUGUAAAAGUUGGAUCAUGAGGGUAUUAAUUUAAUUUUGCAAGAAAAAAAAAGGGGGAAAUUUGAUGUUUA